GACUGCAUGAAUCGAUGGACAUAGAUAUCAGUAUGGUCACGCCAUGCAUGCAAUCAAUGUCAACCAGAAACCACAGCCAUGCAGCAUUGUCAAGACGCCACAUCACAUCGCCGGAGAGGCUUCGAGCGCUGAGCGAAGAAACAGAAUGCACACAAAUGAUCAGGCAGGCAGACGGGAAAACAGCAGGCGUACAAACUGCCGGCUGAGCCCACAUGCCCACCCAUUCAUCGCAUACACACCAACACAAAAGAGACAGACAGGACACAUUGACACAUUGCCAGCACUCACUCCCUUGCCCACAAUCGCCAUGUUUUCCCCCGCCCUGCCUGCCUAUCGGCCGCCCCCCCGCCGUGUGCGGCGCUUCUUGCCGCUCUUCCUGCUCGACGUACCGGCACCAUCACCAGCAGCCGGCGCCAUCUCGUCGUCUGCUCCAUCCUGGACCUCUUCAUCCUCAUCGUCGGCCAUGCCGCCGCCUUCCUCAGAUUGGCCUGCUGCUGCUGUGGGGCUUUCGAGGCGUGCCGUGGCGUCCAGCUGUCCCUUGUCAUCGAGCGUGAGGCCCUCCAUGAGCUCGGCCAGCUGGAUCUCGGGGAACUCGCAUUCAUCGGCCACCGCCGCCUCAUCAGUACACUGCUCGGGCUGGUACCUGGAACACACACGCACACACACACACACACACACACACCACACACCACACACACAUAUAAAUGCACUCAACACAUGACGACAAACCGAAUGCGUUGUUUGUCCGGUGAGCGUACCUUGGGUCCCGGUAGAGGUUGAUGUCUUGUCUCAUGUCGACGUCCUCCUCGAUCUCUCUCUUGAAGUCCUCGAGGUCCCUGGCGCGAGUGUCGACCUCCAUCCUGCGGCCGCCCCUCUCGCCCUCCUCGGCCUCACCCGCGUCCUUCUCCAUCGGCAGGUGCAUCAAUGUCCACAUGCGGCGCUGGUUCUCCUUACGGGGGUAGAACUUGCGGACCAACACCACCUCAGACGGCAUCUGCCAUGCCAUACCAUGCCAUGCCAUAAACACAUAACAUACAUGUAAGUAAUGUAGGCACAGCAGACAGCAAUCAAUGCAUUCAUUCAUUCCUCCGACAUACACACGUCGGUGUAGGCCACCUGCCCACCCAUUGACCCACCUGUCCCUCAGUGAGUUCGGUGUCGAUGCCGCUGACGUUGAUGGUGCGCAGGUCAUAGCCAAGGCAGUAGUCCCCCGCCUUCAGAAUGUGGCCCAGGUGCGUCUUGACCGUCACGCGCUCGUCGUUCUUGCCAAAGUCACACGCGCGGGCCACCUCCGCCUCGCACACUACAAACUUGGCGCCACGCGUCGCAUUCGUGUUGGCCGACUGGUUGCCGCGGCGGUUCUUGCGAUUGUUGGCCGGUGUUGCUGCGGGGGCAGGUGCGGCUGCUGGUGGAGCAUGCUGGCGUGAAGCGUCGGUCGUGUCGACAUCAAGGAUGACAAACUCAGUCAGGUGACGGCGAGUGAAGACUGACAGACAGACAAGGCAGGCCGAAGGAGAUCGGUGGUCGCUAGAGCCGUGUGUGUGCUGUGUGCUGUCUGUGCAUUGUCUGUGGGUUACGUACUGGCCUGGAACGGUGACUGCCAGUAUUUGACGGAGGGGAUCUCGACCGUCCGCAGGGUGAAGGGGUCGAUCAGGUGGAUGCUGCUCGACACCUUCCGACACAGCAUCAACUGCACGCACACAGACACAACUCAACAUGAAUGAACACACCACAGCGAGCCGGUCUGCCUGUCUGCCUGCCUGUCUGACCUGUGGGACGCCUCCCAGAGCGGCGGCGAGUUUGCCAGGGAGGUACACGAGGUCGUCUUUGCAGAUGGGGCAGAUUUCCUGGAAGAUGGUGUACUUGUAGUUGUAGGUGUUGCUCUUGGAGUCGUGUGACGUCAGCUGCUUGCUGGACUUGCUGCGCAUCGGGAAGAACGAGUUGAUGAAGUCCGCCAGCUUCUGCGCGUGCUGCUUGCCCAUGAACUGGAAGUCGAUGCCGUCGGGCUUCUCCACAAUGUGCAGCACCUGAACAAAGAAUUGAACGAACAUCCGCACACACAUGACAGACACCAUUCCCCCUCCCUCCCUCCCCCCUCCCAUGUAUACAGACCUUUUCGUGUGCAUCGUGUUUGAUGAUGAGCUGCUCGAGAAAGAGGAACGUCCGCUUGUGGUCGGUCCGCUGGCGCACCUGGACGAGUGCGUUCCAUGUGUGUGGGGUGUAGAUGCGGUGGCAGUCCUCGCACUUCUGCGACUGGACAACGAACUCGAUGACGACGCUCUGCUGCAGGAUGGCGCCGUUCAUGACCUCCUUCUGCACCACACACUUGACCUUGAUGCGCCGGCUGUGCGGCUCGGUCCAGAUGAAGGAGGCGUCCACGAGCUUGACGCCCUUGGUGUUGAGGCCCUUGAUCUUCUUCAGGCACACGGCCAGCAGCUCCUUGCUCUCCAGCUCGCAGUGCAGCCACGGCGGACGGAGGUAGCGGUCGCACUCCUUGCAGUAGGGCAGCAAGCCAGUGCGGGAGAUGCCCUCGGUGAUGUCCACCUGAGACCGCAGGCAGCUCACGCACAUCAUCGCAGGGUUCGCCUCGAUGGACGUCCCGCACAGACAACCUGCACACACACACACACACACGACACCGACAUACGCACACACGACACCGACACACAGACACACAGACACCCAGGCUCAGACAAGUGCUUGCUUGUGGGAACGCGUGGCUGUCUGUUGUUUGUGGAUUGGCUUGCUCUGUUGCUUGUUUGUUUCUUUCUUACACAGAACGGUCGGCAUCUGUUGAGGCGGGCGAGGAGCAUCCACAGCAGAUGCAUCCAUGCUUGCCGGGAUGAUAACGGUAUGUUCUCAGCGUUGAUUUCUUCGACGAUGCUCACACUCCGUGCUUCACGGCAAGCUGAGGAGCGAGCGGUUUACGGAGGAGCGGUUUCACGAGCUCUGCGAGCUAUGUAUGGGGGUUGGGAUAGCCAAUGGGAUAGCCGUCCUUCCCCUCGUCCGAUUGGUCAUGAUCAAUCGAAAUUCAAUUCAUUGUCUCAAUGCACUUCGCCUCAGCAGAUGCAUCCAUGCAGGCACGCUGCAGACGAGCAUCAGUGACAAAACACGCAGCCGGUGUGAGAAGGCAUGGCAUGGCUGCCCAUCCAUCCAUCCAUCCAUCCAUUUAGGUACGUGCCCCCACUUGUCAAGUCAAUCAGUGUAGUCACUCAGACACGCCUGCAGCAGGGAGGGAGGGAGCUGACGUAUCGGUAUAGUACACAGCGCUGUCAGUGCCACGCAUGGCCAUGUGGCCAUGGGCAUGCAGUGUGGGGUGCGGCGCACACUGUGGAAGUGGGACUGCCUGCCUGUGAGCUGUUUGUUGCAUCCAUGCAGGGACGCAUCAGGUGAGUGACAGAGAGAAAUGAGGGAGGCCACGGUGGAUGGAUGGAUGGAUGCGACACAAUGCAUGGUGGCUGGAAGAGAAAGAGGUGUGAAUAUGCAGACAUAGUUCAUAGAUACCAGAGCAAGUGUGUAGUAUGGCGGAUCGGCGGGUGGAUCCAUCCAUCCAUCCAUCCAUUCAAGAAAACGAGCGAGAGAGAGAGAGAGACAACAAGAGAGCCAUUCACCCAUCCAUCCAUACCUUCACCCACUCACUCAACUAUCUAUCGCACUUGGAUGGACGACAUAGACACCAACCAGCAAGUAGACUGAGCGAGUGAGUGAGUGACAAUUAAAGGAGCCACCAACUAGGAACCGUACAUACAUACAAGGGUCCAUGUGAUGUGUCUUUCUUGUCUUCCUUCGUGCCUCCCAAUCACCAUCCCAUCCACCAAAUUCGGACGCCGGCCGCCCAUCUUCGGGUCACUAUUUGCAGCAUUCGUGUCCUUCCCGCUUCCUCUCGUGUCAGUUCUCCAUCCCCCUCCCCUCCCGCCUCUCUCUCCCGCAGCAGAAGACUACUGAGCACCAAGCGCACAUCUCAUGCAUCUGCGGAUCAAGCAAUGAGCCAUGACAGACAGACAGACAGACAAGAGACCAUCACAGACGAGUCUGAGGGUGGAGGCGAGAGCUGCUGCAGGUUGUGAGUUGCGUUUCUUGAGCAGUAGUGAGUGGAAACGGAAGUAGGCAGCCAUCAGUCCAAUCUACCCACCAACCCACCCAUCCAGCCCACAGCCCCGGCCGUCCCUCCUCUGAAUUCGUCCAUUCAGUCAGUCAGCAAUGCACUCACUCGAUGAAUGACCCCCUUCCCUCCCUCCCUCUCUGGCUGCCUUCCUUCGCCCUGCCCUGUCUGCCUCUCUGCGGGCGCCCGGGAGAAAAAAGCGGCAGGCCAUCCAAACCCACACACAACACGCACCCGUGGAUGCGAUACACGCACCAUACACACACACACACAUGCAGGUAGGUGGUAGGUAGAUAGGUGGGUAACAAUACAUAAAGACACUUACUUGUGGAUGGAAAGGAAGUGUGUAGCAGCAGACAGGGCAGAAACACGAGCACAAAACGUCAGAAUCAUCCCCCGACCGGCCCGGGGCACCGAUCGCAUCUCACUCACAGCCAUGCAGCCAUGAGUCAGCCAGUGGGUCCGGUCUCCACCAAGUGAGUGGGCACACACAACACAAGACAGCAAAAUUCAAACGCCGGUGCUGUUUUCCUUGUACUCAUUCAUGCCUGGAUGCAUUUGUUCAUAAAUGCAUUCAUUCGUGAGUACGUAAGCAGGAGCAGGUCAGUCAUGUAAGUGGCUGGUGCGUUCUCACGUAUUUUUCAUUCUUUCAUUCAUGCAAAAGCACAAAAGUGGGUGGGGUAGUGUAGGGUGGGGUCGGUCCAUCCAUCCACCGAUGGGUAGGUAGCAGCUCUGGACUUAAAACGCCUCCCUCCUCCAUCGCACGUACGUGUACACGUACGUACACUACAAGUAUGUAUGUAUGUAUGUGUGUAUGUAUGUGCUGCCGAUCCGAUCGCGUGCAGACAUCCGGAUCCGCCCACAUACGCAGCACACACAGCAUGACACUUACUGAGUCCUUGCCUUGCCGCACAUUCACACAUGUGUGCAUGGUGUGUAUGUCGAGUGAGUGAGUGAGUGUUUGGAAGAAAAGGCGAUCCGAUUGGCCGUCGUGGCGUCCACGUGCGUGUGGUGUCUCUGUGUGUGGGCGGUGGAUGUCUGUCUCUGUGCUGUGUGGAUGUGUUAUAUGGGCGGCUGGCUGGAUCGUGGCUUGUCUAUACUCGUCCGCCCUUCUGUCUGUCUGUCUGUCUGUCUGGCUGGCUGGAAGCCGGGUUAGAAAACGAUGGAUGGAUGCGGGUACCUGCAGUCAGUCCAUGUAUCUAUCAGUAGUAUCCCAGUGGUAAUCCAUACCUCGUCGAACUACUCAUUGUGAGUGGUGUGUCGCCCGCCUCUCCUAUCAGUCCAGCAAGUCAGUCAGCCGAAAGAGUGCGAAUGAAGAACGUGAUAGAUAGAUAGGUGGAUGGAUGGAUGGAUGGACCCCUGCCUAGUGAGACAGCCAGGCGGGUGUCAAUCGUGUGGUGUCAUCCCCUCCCUCCCUCCCUCCCUCCCCUGUGGUCGAGUCAGUCGAUCAAUCAAGCAAUCGAUGAGCAAUCGAUGACAAAUAGAGAUCGAUGGGUGGAAGAGAGUGAGUGUGCAUGACAUGAAUGAGUGUGAAUGAAAUACCCACACACGCACAAACACACACAUACACAUACACAUACACACGUACGCUCACACAUAAACCGGCGGGUGGGGACGCACGUAGGUUGCUCGAAUGACACGGACACUGAGCAUCGACAUUGAUGGGAUGGGUGGACACACAAACAAAUAGCCAGCUGUCUCCCUCCCUCCCUGCCUCCCUCUCCCCUCCCUCUCCUCUCCCCUCCCGUCCUACUCCAUUUAGCGGGUCAUCGCGUCCCUCCCGCUCUCUCUCUCUCUCUCUCUCUCACCUCAGUGGCAGCCAGGAGCGUACGUCCGUACGUUGGUGUGCAUCCAUCGCUGGAUGUGAGCAUAUAGCAGACAGACAGACACAGCACAGAAGGCACAGACAGACAGCAAGCAGCACACGAAAGAGCAGAGCAGCGUCAGCCAGCCAGCCAGCCAGCCAGCGUCCCCUGUGUAUGCACCGCACGUCACUCACGUA